AUGGAGGAUGUGUUGAUCAGGCACCGAACCUUGGAGGUGAAUGACAUCUCGAUGCACGUGGCGGAGACCGGCCCUGAGAUGGGCUCCAAGGGGACAGUAUUGUUCUUGCACGGCUUCCCGGAACUAUGGUACUCGUGGCGUCACCAGAUGGAACAUCUGGCGGCGCGGGGUUACCACUGUGUUGCGCCCGACCUUCGCGGCUAUGGCGGCACCACCGCCCCACCCGAUGUAGGAUCUUACACCGCCUUCCAUAUCGUCGGUGAUGUUGUAGCUCUUCUCAAUACCCUCGAGCUCCCAAAGGUGUUCUUGGUGGGGCACGACUGGGGCGCGCUGAUCGCGUGGUACGUGUGCCUCUUCCGGCCGGACCGCGUGACGGCGCUGGUGAACACCAGCCUCGCCUUCAUGCGCAGCAUCAUGGCGCGCACCGGCCCCGGCUUCGUGAUGCCCAUCGAGUACUUCACCCGAACCUACGGCCCGUCCUACUACAUGUGCCGCUUCCAGGAGCCCGGCGUCGCCGAGGCGCGGCAGUUCGCGCCGGCGCACGCCAGGCGCCUCCUGCGCCAGAUCCUCUGCCACUGCUUCAGCCACGGCGUGGCCUGCGACGAGGAGAUGGACGACGACAAGUACCCGACCUCGACGCUCCCUCCCUGGCUCACCGAGGCCGACGUCGACUACUUGGGCGCCGAGUUCGAGCGGACCGGGUUCGCCGGCGGCAUCAACUACUACCGCAACAUGGACCAGAACUGCGAGCUGGCGGCGGCGUGGGCGGACGCCAAGGUGCAGGUGCCCACAAAGUACGUGGUCGGGGACGGCGAGAUCACGUACCACUUCGAGGGGGUCCAGGAGUACGUCCACGGGGGAGGGUUCAAGAAGGACGUGCCGCUGCUCGAGGAGGUGGUGGUCAUCCCUGGCACCGGCCACUUCCUCCAGAUGGAGAAGGCGCAGGAGGUCAGCGACCACAUCUACGAAUUCAUCGCCAAGUUCUCUCAAUGA